GAGCGGCGCGGCCUGGAAGAGGCCGGAGCCGGGGGGAGGCGGCGGCGGCAGCGGCGGCGGGGGCAGCCCGGGCAGCCCGAGCCCCGCGGCCUGGGCCUGCGCUCGGCGCCAUGAGCGGCGGCGGGCCUUCCGGAGGCGGCCCUGGGGGCUCGGGCCGGGCGCGGACCAGCUCGUUCGCGGAGCCAGGCGGCGGAGGCGGAGGCGGCGGCGGCGGCCCCGGGGGCUCGGCCUCCGGCCCAGGCGGCACCAGCGGCGGGAAGGCGUCGGUCGGGGCCAUGGGUGGGGGCGUGGGCGCCUCGAGCUCUGGGGGUGGCCCCAGCAGCAGCGGCGGCGGCGGCAGCGGCGGCCCCGGCGCGGGCACUAGCUUCCCGCCGCCGGGAGUGAAGCUGGGCCGUGACAGCGGGAAGGUGACCACAGUGGUGGCCACGCUGGGCCAAGGCCCAGAGCGCUCCCAGGAGGUGGCUUACACAGACAUCAAAGUGAUUGGCAAUGGCUCUUUCGGGGUGGUGUACCAGGCACGGCUGGCGGAGACCAGGGAGCUGGUGGCUAUCAAGAAGGUUCUCCAGGACAAGAGGUUCAAGAACCGAGAGCUGCAGAUUAUGCGUAAGCUGGACCACUGCAAUAUUGUGAGGCUGAGAUACUUCUUCUACUCCAGUGGGGAGAAGAAGGAUGAGCUUUACCUGAACCUGGUGCUGGAAUACGUGCCCGAGACCGUGUACCGGGUGGCCCGCCACUUCACCAAGGCCAAACUGACCAUCCCUAUCAUCUACGUGAAGGUGUACAUGUACCAGCUGUUCCGGAGCCUGGCCUACAUCCACUCCCAGGGUGUGUGUCACCGUGACAUCAAGCCGCAGAACCUGCUGGUGGACCCCGACACCGCUGUCCUCAAGCUUUGCGAUUUUGGCAGCGCAAAGCAGUUGGUCCGCGGGGAGCCCAACGUGUCCUACAUCUGUUCCCGCUACUACCGGGCCCCAGAGCUCAUCUUCGGAGCCACCGAUUACACCUCAUCCAUUGAUGUGUGGUCAGCUGGCUGCGUGCUGGCUGAGCUCCUCCUCGGCCAGCCCAUCUUCCCUGGGGACAGUGGGGUGGACCAGCUCGUGGAGAUUAUCAAGGUGCUGGGAACACCAACCCGGGAACAAAUCCGAGAGAUGAACCCCAACUACACAGAGUUCAAGUUCCCCCAGAUUAAAGCUCAUCCCUGGACAAAGGUGUUCAAAUCUCGAACGCCGCCUGAGGCCAUCGCGCUCUGCUCCAGCCUGCUGGAGUACACGCCGUCCUCACGGCUCUCCCCGCUAGAGGCCUGCGCCCACAGCUUCUUCGAUGAACUGCGAUGUCUCGGAACCCAGCUCCCCAACAACCGCCCGCUCCCCCCUCUCUUCAACUUCAGUCCUGCCGAACUCUCCAUCCAGCCAUCUCUCAAUGCCAUCCUCAUCCCUCCUCACUUGAGGUCCCCGGCGGGCUCCACCCCUCUCUCCCAGUCCUCACAAGCUUUAACCGAGGCUCAGACCGGCUCAGACUGGCAGUCGUCCGAAGCCACACCUACCCUCUCUAACUCGUCCUGAGGGCCCCUCCAGCCACCUUUCCACUUCCAUCUGGGAGCCCCAAGUGGGGCUGGGAAGGGGGCCAUAGCCCAUCGAGCUCCUGCCCUGGCUGGGCCCUGAGACUAGAGGGCAGAGGUAAAUGAGUCCCUGUUGCCACCUCCAGUCCCUCCCUCGGCAGCCUCGACCCUGGGGUGGCUUUUUAAGAGGAUUUUAACUGGUCGUGGGGAGGGAAGAGAAGGAAGGACAGGGGUGUGGGGGUAUGAGGACCUCUGCCCCCUUGGCCCCCUCCCCAGGCCUCCACCUCCUCCAGCCCCUGCCCCUCCUGUGUCCCUUGUAAAUAGAACCAGCCCAGCCCGUCUCCUCUCCCCUUCCCUGGCCCCCGGGUGUAAAUAGAUUGUUAUAAUUUUUUUCUUAAAGAAAACGUCGAUUCGCACCAUCCAACUUGGCCCCUCCCCUCCUACAGCCGUAUGUCCCCUCCUGUCCUCUGCCCCAGCGUCUGCUCCCUCCUCUCCACACCCUGGAGGGCCAGGGGAGCGGGGAGGGCUCCUGAUGUCUUAGUUUCCACAGUAAGGUUUGCCUGUGUACAGACCUCCGUUCAAUAAAUUAUUGGCAUGAAAACCUG